AUGCAGGCAUCAGUUUAUACAGUGAAAGGGAGCGGAGUAGUGGGCUUGGGUGUUUUGGAGCAACGAAGGCCUUUAUCUAACCCGAAUAGGAUCACAGCUCUUUCUCCAUCUCCGUCUUCUUCUUCUUCCAGAAGCAGAAAUCUCCGUAUGACAGAAAGGAGAAGCUGUUUCGGUUUGCGAUUUGACUCGCUUCCCAUGGGAAUCGAGCUUGGCCGGGUGAACACUGGGAUUGGAUCAACUGCCAAGUCUAGAUUAAUCAAGUCACAGGCUUCUUCAGGAGGAGACAUUGAGGACAUUGAACCUGCCAAAAUCCACAGCAAAUCAUCUGGAUCAGUAUUGCCUUAUGUGGGUGUUGCGUGUUUGGGCGCCAUUUUGUUUGGAUAUCAUCUGGGGGUGGUAAAUGGUGCUCUGGAGUACCUCGCCAAGGAUCUUGGGAUUGCUGAGAACACUGUGUCACAAGGAUGGGUUGUGAGCACCCUUCUCGCUGGUGCUACCGUGGGUUCAUUUACUGGGGGAUCCUUGGCUGACAAAUUUGGUCGUACGAAGACUUUUAUUCUGGAUGCUAUUCCUCUUGCACUUGGAGCAUUUCUUUGCAUGACCGCCCAGAAUGUGCAGACAAUGAUAGUUGGUCGCUUGCUUGCUGGAAUUGGUAUCGGAAUCUCAUCUGCUAUUGUGCCACUUUACAUAUCCGAGAUUUCACCUACUGAAAUUCGCGGGACACUUGGAUCGGUUAACCAGCUCUUUAUCUGUAUUGGAAUCCUUGCAGCAUUGGUAGCUGGAUUACCUUUAGCGGGAAAUCCUUUGUGGUGGCGGACAAUGUUUGGCAUUGCUCUAGUUCCAUCCAUUCUGUUGGCUCUAGGAAUGGCAUUUUCUCCAGAAAGCCCUAGGUGGCUUUUCCAGCAAGGGAAGAUAGCUGAGGCUGAAAUUUCAAUAAAAAGGCUCUAUGGAAAGGAAAGAGUUGUUGAGGUUAUGGAUGAUCUUAGGUCAGCUGCCCGAGGCUCUUCUGAACCAGAAGCUGGAUGGUUUGAUCUUUUUAGUGGCCGAUACAGGAAAGUGGUCAGUGUUGGGGCUGCUCUGUUUUUGUUGCAACAGUUGGCUGGGAUAAAUGCAGUGGUAUACUAUUCAACUUCAGUUUUCCGAAGUGCUGGCAUUCAGUCUGACGUUGCAGCCAGUGCUCUGGUUGGAGCAGCAAAUGUUUUUGGUACCACUAUUGCGUCCUCUUUGAUGGACAAAAAGGGGAGGAAAAGUCUUCUGCUCACAAGCUUUGCUGGAAUGGCUGCCUCUAUGUUGCUGCUAUCCCUGUCCUUCACAUGGAAUGUUUUGGCUCCAUAUGCCGGCAAUCUUGCUGUUAUCGGCACUGUUCUUUAUGUCUUAUCCUUCUCCCUUGGUGCUGGUCCCGUUCCUGCACUUCUUCUACCUGAGAUAUUUGCCUCUCGAAUUCGAGCAAAAGCAGUUGCCUUGUCUUUGGGCAUGCACUGGAUCUCCAACUUUGUCAUUGGCUUGUACUUCUUGAGUUUCGUGAACAAGUAUGGAAUCAGUACAGUUUAUCUGGGAUUUGCAUCUAUAUGUCUUCUAGCAGUCAUGUACAUAGGUGGAAACGUGGUGGAGACCAAGGGCCGGUCCCUUGAGGAAAUUGAGCGUGCUCUUAGUCCUGCAAUCUGA